ACGGGGGGGCUGAUUCUGGAAGCCAUUACGCCAGUGUCGCAGGGCGGAGGCCGUUGAGCGGGGCCCGCCGGCUGCUGGCGGUACGCAAAUUGCGUACCGUUGGCGGUUGCUAAGGGCCGCGGUUGGGGGGGGGGGAGCGGGAAGGGGGCGCGCGGCCUCCACAGGGCCCUGAGGGGCCCCGCGCCCCCCUCCCCGACCCGGGGGGGGCCGCGACCCCUCGAGGCGCCCCCAAAACCCUUUCACGAGGCUCCCCUCGGGGCCAUGGCGUCGCCGCCCGCCCCCCCGGCCAAGAAGCGCAAGAUGAACUUCUCGGAGCGCGAGGUGGAGAUCAUCGUGGAGGAGCUGGAGCGCGGCAAGCACCUGCUGGUCAACCACUUCAACGCCGGUGUGCCCCUGGCCGCCAAGGCCGCCGCCUGGCACGACAUCCUGCGGCGCGUCAACGCCGUGGCCACCUGCCGCCGAGAGCUGCCCGAGGUGAAGAAGAAGUGGUCGGACCUCAAGACCGAGGUGCGCCGCAAGGUGGCCCAGGUGCGGGCCGCCAUGGAAGGACAAGGCGGUGAAGGACAAGGCGGUGGAGCAGGAGGAGGAGGAGGAGGAGGAGGAGGCACGGCGGAGGGCGAGGAGGCGGCGGGAGGGGCGGCGGCCGCCCCCGUCAUCCUCACGCCCAUGCAGCAGCGCAUCUGCAACCUGCUGGGGGAGGCCACCAUCAUCAGCCUGCCCGGCGGGGAGUGCGGCGCGGGGGACGGCGGCGAGAUCCCCAUCACCGCCGCGGCCGCCACCGUCACGCUGACGCAGAUUCCUGCGGAGACGACCUACCACAGCCUGGAGGAUGGCGUCGUGGAGUACUGCACCACGGAAGCCCCCGCGACGGUUACGGCCGAGGCGCCCCUGGAGAUGAUGGCCCAUCAGCACGAGGUGUCGGCCAAACCCCAGGAGCUGAAAAGCCGAAUCGCCCUGAACUCAGCCAAGCUCCUGCAGGAGCAGCGAGUGACCAACUUGCACGUGAAGGAGAUCGCCCAGCACCUGGAGCAGCAGAAUGACUUGCUGCAGAUGAUCCGGCGUUCCCAGGAGGUGCAGGCGUGCGCGCAGGAGCGGCAGGCGCAGGCCAUGGAAGGCACGCAGGCCGCGCUCAGCGCCCUCAUCCAGGUCCUCCGCCCCAUGAUUAAGGACUUCCGUCGGUUUUUGCAGAGCAAUACGCCCAGCCCUUCGGUGACUGCUGACCCCAGCCAGACCGGGCAGCAAGAUGGCAUUAUCCAGUGAAAGAUACGAUACUGGGACGUCUUUCUUGGAAAACAAAACUGCCUCUGCUGCCGUUGGGCCCGGGGCGAGGGCUGCGAGCUCUUGUCGGUGUGAAACGGCCUCUCCUGGGAGGCUGGCCGAGCCCGGACAGCUUUCUUCUCCCCUAAUCUUAUGCUAAGCUGCCUUUUCAGACUCACCGUGCAGAGGGGUAGCCGGAUGUGUAAUAAAGCAGGAAUGUAACAUUGGUUGCUUUAGUUCCUCAGAACAAUAGAUUUGUUUAAAAAAACGUAGAAAAGAUGAUAAUUAUUUUUAUAUUUGUUUGAAAACCUCUCCUAAGUCUGAUACCUCGCUUCCUCCCCCCCCCCUUUCUCUCGCCUUUAUCUGCCUUGUAACAGGGAGAGCCUCCUUGUAUCACAGUGCUGAAGCUGCCAAGGUACAGUUACUGUAACUGGUGCAUGGCAGUGGGUGAUUUCCUGUCUCUUGCUGAAAGCAUUUGCUGGAAACGCGGUACCAGGGGCGGUUCAGCCCUGUCUCUGCACUGCGAGUGGUGGAUGCUGCUCUGGGAGCAUGAAAUGCAGCCCACGCAGGCCAGCCUCAAGCCUACAUGCGGUUUAAAUCCCACCCACGUCCCCUUAGGAUAUAAAUGGGGUUAAAAGCGA